GCAAAACAACUUGAACCAACGACGACGUACUGUGACUUCAAAUAAAAAAGUUUUUUUUGUUUGUCAUUUCAUUUCACAAAAAUUUAAACCAAACUUAAGCGAACACAAUAAACUACAAGUUCAACAAAAUUAAAAACUAUGUCCGAUGAAUACAUAAGUGAACAACGACGCCAGUAUACACAGAAGGAACUUGACAAAACUACGCUAAGAAAUCCUUCGCUGAAAUGUAAUGCCUUAAAUUUCAUCAAACCAUUUGAAGAUAAACAUUUGCGACUUGCACCGAAACUUCUACAAGAUCCAAAAAGUGUUUACAAAAAUAACUUCCAUAACAAGCCUCAGGUUCAGGGCGAUAAAUUACAAUUGAAAUGGAAUUGUGGGUCAGUUGAGAAAUCUGAACAAUUGACAAUAGAUCGUUCGAAAGCAAGUUAUUCCAAGUAUUUAGAUUUAUCGGCGACAUCCAAUCGACUCGAUUAUAUUCCCUUCUCUUCUGAUCAAACGCUUGGAAUAGGAGCAAAGGAUAAUAUAACUUUUUGGAAUUGGAUAAAAAACGAUUCAAAGAAAAAAUACAAUGUUUGGCCAAUUAGACAGAAUUUAAUGCAUAAAUUGAGUAUAAACAAACAUUCCCAGCGUCAUCGUGGUGAAUUUCAAAUAAGACAAAACUCUGUCCCAAAUCGAGGUCUUACAACGGAAACGAAAGCAAAUUUCGGAACUCCUGAUAGAAGAUUGGAUUCGGCUUUUAAAUGUAUUUCGGAAAAACUCAAUAGCUGUGAGGUGCAACCGAAAAUGCCUAAAUCAAUUUAAAGAAUGUAUACAACCGGAUAUUUCUUUUUAAAGGAUGAAAAUUACAAAAAUUGAGGUGGAAGCUUUCAAUUAAAAGAAAGAUUUAUAUUUUAAAUUGACACAAACGAUAAAAUAAAUAUAUCAAACUUA